AUGUUUCCAAGUUUUGACUCCAUGUCGCCAGGAACUCCUGAUCAACUGCUCCGGAUGGGUCCUGUGCCUCACUAUGUCAAUGGUUUGCCCUGUGCGGCAUAUCCGGCUCCUGUGCAAGCGAUUGGCAUCCAGCGGGUCCCGCAAGUCCGGCAUGUCGCAGCUCCCCCGGCCGCCGCCCCCCGGAGGUGGAUGGGAGAGCAGACUUUGCACAAGUUCAUCCAAGCAGUUCAGGAAUCAGCCGGCAGACCAAAUGAGCGCGAGAAGGCCUACGUCAGCUUCCUGCAUGCCCUUGCGGCUUGGGGUCUCCUGGAGGACAUCCCCUGCCAUGCAGCAGAAGUGCUGGUGAUGAGGGUGUCGUUGCCAUUUUGUGGCGCCCUGACCGAGGUACCAAGAUUGGUACCCUUUUUGGUGAACCACAUGAAGCGGCGAUGCAGGCUUCACCUCCACGCCUGUGACAUUGAUGACAGGCCUUCCAGCUACUGGUGGCCAGCUUGGAAGGAUUGGAUAGCACACUUCUUUGCCACCGACUGCAUUCUUGAUUGUCAGCAGCAGGAUCUCUCGACCGAGACCAUAGCCCCCUCGUCUUUCGGAUUGGUCUUGGGCAUACACCCUUUGGUGAUGGGAACUGGCUGCGCGAUCCCGUGGCGCAAAAUCAUGAAGAAUGUGCUGCUGAGUUGCAAGCCUGGCGGCCGCUGCAUCUUCGCGACAUUUUAUCGUUUUGAGGCAGAAAAGGUGCAAUCCAUUUGCCAGGAGCUGGGUUUCGCAGCUCAAAUUCGGGAGAAUCCUUACUAUGUUGGAACAUCGCCAAAUCAGGUUGGAACCCAUCUACGCUUCAUUGUGAGUGUAACAGUCUGA